AUGGGCGUACGGGCACCAUCCUCGCGUGCUACCUCGUCGGCGAAGAGGGCCUGCAGCCGCAGCAGGCCAUCGACCUGGUCCGAGAGAAACGGCCAGGGUCGAUUGCGAGGACCCAGGAGCAGGUGGUGCACAUCUAUCACAAGUACUGGCUCCCCCAGCAUGGCGGCGGCCAUGGAGAGCGGGGCCAGGCAAUCCGGU